GGGGAGAGUGGUUUACAGGGUGACGAGGCAUUCUUUCAUUGGUCAAUUUGGGAGGCACCGGUCCACCCCUGAAAAUCAGGGGGCGGAGGUAUGAUUAGAAGAGAAGGGAGGUCCGUAACUUCCUGUUGAUUGCCUGUAGGUGUAGGAUUAUUGCUAUCCGUCGUAUGUCCACCAUCCCACUCAUCAAAGCUGUAGUCGCACCGAGUGUGCAAGAGACAAAGCAAAGCCGCGAGGAACCCAUGAGCGAUCUCAUGGUCGCGGACGUUGAUGCGUCUGCGCGGCCGCCGCCGUCCAAGUCGGACAACCUCUUCAUGCAGAUCGCCGUCCACCCGGACGGUGCCGUCACGCGGCCCGUCGUCCCCACCAUCCCGGCUUCCGACGCCGGCAGCGGGGCGGCCGUCUUCAGCAGGGACGUGCCCCUCGACACCUCUCUCGGCACGUACAUCCGGCUAUACCUCCCCAACCCCGUCCCGCCGUCGACGAAGCUCCCCGUCAUCCUCUACUUCCACGGAGGCGGCUUCGUUGUCUUCAACGCCGACACCGCCUUCUACCACGCCUCCUGCGAGGCCAUGGCGGCGGCCGUACCGGCCAUCGUCGCCUCCCUCGACUACCGCCUCGCACCCGAGCACCGCCUGCCCGCCGCCUAUGACGACGCCGUCGCGGCCGUGAUGUGGCUCCGUGACGUGGCGCCCCAGGACCCCUGGAUCGCCGCGCACGGCGACCUCGCCCGGUGCUUCGUCAUGGGCAGCAGCUCCGGCGGGAACAUGGCGUUCAACGCCGGAGUCCGGACCAAGGGCAUCGAUCUGAGCCCCGCCGCGGUGCGCGGGCUCCUGCUGCACCAGCCGUACCUCGGCGGCGUCGAGCGGACGCCGUCCGAGGAGAGGUCGGAGGACGACUUCAUGGUGCCGCUGGAGGCCAACGACAAGCUCUGGAGCCUCGCACUGCCGCUGGGCGCGGACCGCGACCACGAGUUCAGCAAUCCGGAAAAGGCGGUGGCACAGGAAGCCGUGGUCGGCCUGCCGCGGUGCCUGGUGUCCGGGAGCGACGGCGACCCGCUGAUCGAUAGGCAGAGAGGGUUCACCACGUGGCUUCGGGACAGUGGCGUGGAGGUCGUCGCCAAGACGGACGGCUCCGGGUUCCACGCUGCGGAGCUCUUCGUGCCAGAGAAGGCCGAGAAGAUGUUCGCGCUGGUUCGCGAUUUCGUAUUCGCCGACAGUGAUGCUUAACGCUGAUUUGAGUGCGCCGAGUUGAUGGGAGGCCAUCAAUUCGAGCAUGUGACUGUGUGUUGUGAUCAAUAAUUCGCCACUGUUCGUAACGUGGUGCGGUGCGUUGAAAUUGUUAAAAAAUCUUUACUAGAAAUUGAUUGAUGUUUAUGGAUCA